CGGAGAAAGAAGGGAGGGGGCCACACUCUGUGCCCUGGCUGGGACACCAGGCAGCGCUAUCGCCGCCACCGGCUGCGAACCCGAGCCCAGUCGGAGCCGAGAGGGACGAAUGGGCAGAGAAGCUCGGCCCCAGGAGCCAUUUGGGAUGCCUGAGUGUGUCCCUCUCCUGCCCCCAGUCUGGCUCCCAUCAUGAGUGCCGAGCUCAAUGUGCCUGUGGACCCCUCCACUCCUGCCUGCUCUGAACCAGGCCACAAGGGCAUGGAUUACCGGGACUGGGUCCGCCGCAGCUACCUGGAACUGGUCACCUCCAACCACCACUCCGUGCAGGCCCUCUCCUGGAGGAAGCUCUACCUGAGCAGGGCCAAACUGAAGGCCUCCAGCCGCACCUCCGCCCUCCUCUCCGGCUUCGCCAUGGUAGCCAUGGUGGAAGUGCAGCUGGAGACACAGUACCAGUACCCAAGGCCUCUGCUCAUCGCCUUCAGCGCCUGCACGACAGUGCUGGUGGCUGUGCACCUCUUCGCCCUCCUCAUCAGCACAUGCAUCCUGCCCAACGUGGAGGCUGUGAGCAACAUCCACAACCUCAACUCCAUCAGCGAGUCGCCGCAUGAGCGCAUGCACCCCUACAUCGAGCUGGCCUGGGGCUUCUCCACUGUUCUCGGCAUCCUGCUCUUCCUGGCUGAGGUUGUGCUGCUCUGCUGGAUCAAGUUCCUGCCUGUGGAUGCACGCCACCAGCCCGGCCCCGCACCUGGCCCCGGCAGCCACACGGGCUGGCAGGCUGCGCUCGUGUCCACCAUCAUCAUGGUACCCGUGGGUCUCAUUUUCGUGGUCUUCACCAUCCACUUCUACCGCUCACUGGUGCGCCACAAAACUGAGCGGCACAACCGUGAGAUUGAGGAGCUGCACAAGCUCAAGGUGCAGCUGGAUGGGCACGAGCGCAGCCUGCAGGUCGUGUGAGGCCACGGCGCCCCGGGGGCUGGGCGCCGACAGAAGCAGCCUGCCUUUGAGGGAGUUUCAAAAAUGUAAAUUGCCGGGAGGCUGUCUGGACACUGUCAGGUAGUUCAAGACCAAAGUUUUACUUCUGUCUUAAUGCUAUAAAACCUGGAUCAUUUUCCUCAGGAAAUGGAAACCCUAAAAUGAGAGACCCUGUUGCAAAGAGUUUAGGACAAAGAAAGGCUGAGUCGUUGGCCCUGGGGAAUCCUGAGACAGGAGGCAGGGCUCUAGCACCGUGAUCAUUGCACAGACGCGGAACCAGCGGCCAGCACUGCAGGAAGCCUGGCGAAGGCCUGGAGCAUCAGGGUAGGGCUGUGAGUUCAGAGGAGGAUCGCCCCAUGACUGAGGUGAGCUGCGUGGCAGCUGGGUGGCACAUCUGAUAGUGGCAGCCUGCUGUGAUUAGGUGGGGACUGUAGCGAUCAGAUGGGCACAGGAUUGCAGCUGGGCCUGGUGCUUCCCUCCUCUGCUCUGGAGGGCAUUGGGUGGCCUGGCUUGUGGGAAGGGCCGGAACCAAGGGCACAUGUCAGCUCAGCGGGUGUGCUGGGUGCUCCAGGAGGUGAUAGACUUGUCCGGGCCUGGGGGAGACUUCCAAGGGUGGAGGCCUGGCAGGGCCGGUGGCGGGGGAGGGGCAAGUCUGGGAGCAGCCCACUUGAGGAGGCUGUUAACUGAGAGGUGCUCUGAAGGACACUGGGCUCAAAUUCUUUCUUCCUAGCCAGCCUGGAGCCCUGGCCACAUUGACCCAGCAAGGCCACCAGGUUGAGAAGGGCCCACAGUCCAGAGGCCUCCAUCUCUUGGCCACAGAAUGCCCUCUGAGCCUGAGGCAGCUGAUCCUCGGGCUGGGCUGGGGCACUUGCUCAGGUGGCAGAGCCUGAUCUCCCUGCUACCUGGGGUGCCAGGCAGCAGAAGGGGCAGCUUGGGGGACUUCCUAUCUGUGGGUGGUGGCACCAGGGUCCAGCCCUGGCCGCAUACAGGUCUCACUCAUGACAUAGAACAAUUACAGAGAAGGCACAACCCUCCAUAGUGCUUCCCCUGGGCCCCCAGGCUCUCAGCCUUACGCCAGGGCCCAGCUCACACGUUUACUGCCUCCGCAGUGUGGGUUCUGGUGUUUGCACCCAGGGCAUCUGGCUGUCCUAGCUCGUGUUGUUGGGCUGUUCACAUGCAGGCUACAGCUCAGCUUCUGUGUGAGCAUGCUAUACCCAAGCUGCUUUUAAAAACCAUGUUUACCACAUUGGCCAGCAGCCACCUGGAGAAGGGGACCUUUUUAUUUGUUUUCACAAAUUGUCGUUGUACUUCGUGCUCUGAUGGCAUUUCUGUCAACAAGCCUAAUACCUCUGUGGGGUCUGGGUUGCCUGUGUCAAGAAAUCCUGACUGGCCUGGCUGAGGUUUCUGGGAAUGCGACCUACUGGUGAGAACAUAAACCUUAACCUGUAACUUGGAAAUGCCAAGGGGCCCUCUGGGAAUUGUGCUGAGCAUCAACGGUGUCCGUGGUGACACUUCCAGGGAGCCUGGAUGUGGGGUCCUGCUCGGCCUGAGUAGAGCCCUGGCACCUUCUAAGGGUUGUGUCUCUUGCAUCUCCUGCCGACAUCUGUUGCGACUUCCUUGCUCUCUAGUGCAUGUUUCCUCUUUUCCGCAGCCUCGUUGAAAAGGCUUAU